AUGAUGUUGCAAAGUACUCCUACUGCGUCUACUUCAAGAAAUAUAUCAUCUUUAUUGUGUGAUGUAACAGCUAUAUUCCAAAGGAUAAUGUUGUGUUGUAUAUUUUAUACAUGGACACAAUUUAAGGAAGCUUUAGACACAUUUAUGAAGGAAUCCAAUACAUCCUAUCGUGUUGAUUCAAGUAAAAAAGAUCGACCCGGUGCUGAUGACUACAAGUUUGUUAAGUUUAAAUGCACUUUUGGAAGUCAUCGUGCUCCCCGAGGUGCUGGCUUUAGGAACAGAGGGUUCAAAAGUACAUCAUGUCAGUCAAUAAUUCUAGUCCAGCGGAAAUCCAACGUAUACAUGAUAACCAAGUACAAAACUGUGCAUAACCAUCCCUGCACAGCAAGUUUUAUGUCCACCGAUGUAUCUAGACGUCGGUUAUCAUCACAAGAAAUGGCAAUUAUCCAACCGUUCAUUGAAAGGAAUACUGAUGUCCAUGAAAUCAUGGAUCUAGCACAUGAGAAGUUCGGAAAAGCGCUCCUGUAUAACGAUAUUAA